AUGGAAUUCAUGUGCACAUGUGCUGGAGCACAAUCCGAUCACCGCCUGACGGGGCCGUGGCCUCGAGCCUGGCCUCGAGCAAUCCCGAUGGGCCCCGACCCCCACGUCGUCGGUCGAAAUGAGACGCAACCCUACACCCUCGGCCUCUUCGAUACCGCUGGUCAGGAAGAUUACGACAGGCUGCGACCCCUCUCCUACCCGCAAACCGACGUCUUCCUCGUGUGCUUCAGCGUCACCUCGCCGGCAUCAUUUGAGAACGUCCGCGAGAAGUGGUUCCCCGAGGUCCGCCACCACUGCCCCGGCGUCCCUUGCCUCAUCGUUGGUACACAGGCCGAUCUGCGUGAGGACGACAGCGUUCGUGAUAAGCUCGCGAAGCAGAAGAUGCGACCCGUGCGGAAAGAGGAUGCCGAUCAGAUGGUCAAGGAUCUCGGUGCGGUCAAGUACGUCGAGUGCAGCGCUCUGACGCAGUACAAGCUCAAGGAUGUGUUUGACGAGGCCAUCGUUGCGGCGCUGGAACCCCCCGUCGUCAAGAAGAAGUCCAAAUGUCUGCUGCUCUAGGCGUUGUUGUCAUAGUCUCCAACGCUCGACACCACGACGAGAAUCGUGCUGUCCCCUCUGGUAGCUUUGACAGCGUACCGACUAUGGCCUUUGGCGUGCUGAUGAGACCUUGACACGCGACAAAGGCGAGGCAUGGCAACACAAAACGCAUUGGCUUUCUGGCACUCGUUGCAGGUCCUGGAUUUGCCCAGCACACGAGAUCUCAGCAGGACCACAAAUCAGACCUCGGCUCUGGUGGAGGGAACGGCCAUGAGAGGAGACGCGGAGGAUUCUCGCGGUCCGCCCGUAUGCCUCGUAUUGACGUGGAAGAAGAAGUCUUGACUUCUCCCGGCCCCUCACGCGGUCGGGCCGACCGGUCCAAGGUACACUCGAUCGCAUUUGGACUUUUCAGACGUUUGGGAUUGGCAACUUUACAGAUGCAGGCAGGGUUGCUUUUCAUAGGACAGUUUGGCGACUGGAGUGCAUUUAAUCAAUUGGUCAUUUUUC